AUGGGAAGUCUACCUGUGACCUGCAAGGAAGACACCCGAAGCACGCCUGCAAACCGGCGGGUGCUUUCAGGGACUAAGGAACCAUGGCUUCUCGCGCCCCCAGGAUGCUGGCGGUGCUCCUGGUGCUCCUCGCAGGGACAGCUUCCGGGAUCAAGUUCAAGGGCUUCGGAGGCGGCGGCGGCAAGAAGGGCGGCGGCGGCGGAGGCUACGGGGGCGCCCGUCUAUCUGAUCCCCGUGAAGAUCCCCAUCUACCAGCCGUACAGCGGGCACGGCCUCGGGGGCGGGUACGGCGGGGGCGGGCACGGAGGUGGAUUCGGAGGUGGACACGGAGGUGGAUUCGGAGGUGGAUUAGGAGGCGGACACGGAGGUGGAUUCAUUGACGACCACGGGCAUGGCGGCGGAGGAGGUGGAUACGGAGGUGGAGGUGGACGUGGAGGUGGAAUCGGAGGUGGACAUGGAGGUGGAUUCGGAGGUGGAUUAGGAGGAGGACAUGGAGGUGGAUUCAUUGAUGACCACGGGAUUGGCGGCGGAGGAGGUGGAUACGGAGGUGGACAUGGAGGUGGAAUCGGAGGUGGAUUCGGAGACGGUGGUCACGGAGGUGGAUUCGCGGCCGGAUUCUCGAAUGGCGGAGGCGGAGUGGUGACCUCAUCUCACGGAGGAGGUGGUGGAGGAUACCACAAGUAGAGGAUCGUCAAGACUCCUCAUAUUCUUCUUUUGUUUUCUUUCUUUCUUUUGAGUAUUUCCUUUUUUCAAAAGUUUUUCAAUAAAAAGUUAUUAC